GCUGACUGUCCUUAUUUCUCGCUCGUGAUCUUCCUGCCUAGUGUUUCCUUUACAAAUGCGUAGGGUAGCCAAUUAGGCGCGACUCUGGUUGACCCCUUGUCGUUCGCUUUCAUUUCUCUCUCUCAUUGCUAACGCCGCCCAUGCGUUGAACCGAGAUGCGGACUAACGCGCUUGUGCCAGGUCGUUUUCUGACGCUUUCUGCUCACGUUGUGCUUCUGGUGACGCUGCUCUGGGUCUACGACGAGAACGUUCGGGCCUGCCUGCCCCGCGACUUCAGCGAGGCGCAGCAUGCUGCCAAGAGCACCGAGAUAAUCGUGGGGCUCUCGCUGGGCCUGGUCUUGGCUGCGUUCGAGCUGGUCGGCUUCCUGACCGGCGUCUCCAUGUUCUUCGCGUCGCAGGCGCUCAUCUCGACGUCAGCUCACUGCGCGGCCACCGUCGCACUCGCCUACUUCGUCGUGGACCUGUGGAACUGCUCCGCCUACUGGUGGAUAUUCGUGUUCUGCAGCGUGCUGCCGGCGUUCGCCGAGCUCUGUGUGAUCAUAGGAGUCGUGUGGCUCAAGAAGGUUCCCUGA